CGCGGCCCUAAUCCACCUGAAAGGAAUGUCAGCUUAUUUAAGGAGCUUGACUCUGACCCUUUGGGUGGACAGAGCAGAACCCUACCUCGGACAUCAGCUCUGCGUCGGUCCGCUUCAAUCGGGCGUGUUCCAUCGGAGAUUGACGCCGACGUCAGUGAAGAAGUUAGAAGUAGUGGCCAGAAGUUCUCGGAUGAACAGCCACUACCGUUUGGAGGUACAUUGGGUCGCCAUGCUAGCAGGAUCUCCGAAGUCUCUUCUCAAGGCGAUGAACUAGGCGGCUUAGUCGGUCCAUCUAGCCUAACUAGCCCUCGAUCUGCCUUAAAAAGCGCCGAUAGGCAGGGCCCACGAGUCAGCAAGCAGUGA